UUAACAGUCAUGCGUGAAUUAAUAUACUGCGAAUAAAUUGGUGUUAAUAAGCUCGUAAUAAACUGUCGUGUGUCGGUGGGGGUGUGUUUGUUUCAGGACGACGGGAUGCGGGACGGCGAACACCUCUGGGACAAGCGCACGCAGGGACUCGUCCUGUCCUCGUUCUUCUGGGGCUACCUCUUCACACAGAUCCCGGGCGGCCUGCUCGCGAAGAAGUACGGGCCGCGAUGGACGUACGCGGGGUUUCAGUUCACUGCCUCCGUGUUGACGAUGCUGUGUCCCUUGGCGACGCGGGUCGGCUGGCGGGGACUGCUCGCCAUGAGGUUUCUCAUCGGAUUCUGCGCGGGCGUGGCGUUCCCGUGUUUUAAUGGCUUGAUGGGCGUGUGGGCGCCUCCGCAAGAAAGAAGCGCCCUGGUGUCUUACGGAAUGUCGGGGGUGCACGCCGGCAAAUUCAUCGUCUUGCCUCUAGGCAGCCUACUGUGCAGCUUUGUGAGCUGGGAUUCAAUCUUCUACGUGUUCGGUAAGGUGACCGGUCUACUCGGGUGUACGUAUGUUUAGAUGGGACGCUGUGCAAUGUAUAAUUGUCUUGUGUACUGAAACUUCGUUGUCCAAUACAUUCUAUAACGUAUUUUACUCUAUUCUGUAAUGUAUCUUCUUGUUUUAAUAAAUUGUCGUAGACAGCAUUGUGAUUAUUGGUUGUCGUGUACCGAAAUUUAAUCGUCAAAACACGAUUAUAUCUGUCGUGAUUUUUAGCUCACCUUGACAUCGU